AGUAUUCAUAUGGCAUUCUUUGACAAACUCCCCCUUUUUUAAGACGCUUCAACUGCAUGUAGACUAUACUCGUCUUGUUUGGUUGGAUCUCUUGGUAGCUUUUGGAUGAAGUGAGUUUUUGCAUGACACUAAUGUAUCAUUCUUGCUAUCUUAGCGUUCGGUUGGUUUUACCGUUACGAAGGAAAGUUGCCUACACUCAAAAAGGUACAUUGUGUGCUGCAAGCUUGUUGUCCUAGAACUAUGGAAUGUGUUGUUCAUCUUGGAGAUAUGCAUGAUAGUUUGGUUGGCAUUGGUGAAAAGUCCACCAGCUGUUCUCAAAUCACUUUGGAUAUUUAGAAAGGAAAAGAGACCAAAAAGAAGAAGAAGAUGUCCAAGACUGACACUCUUCCAGCCGAGAAAAAGAACAAGAAAGAGAUGGAGUUUGAGCUGAAACUUGCCAAGGAGAAGGAAGAGGUUCUUGAGCGAGAGAAGCAGAUGAAAAUAAGCAGACUUCUGCAAGAGGUGUCAGAAACUGAGAGGGAAGAUCUGGAAGAGUCGGAAAAGGUGCAGCAUUGGGUGGAAAGGCUCUGUCAAACCCGACUAGAGCAAAUCUCCUCAGUUGAAAAUGAGUCCCCAGAGAUGUCUCCAACCCGUUCUCCUGCCUCGACUGGUCCCACCAGGCGAAGGUUCCCAGGAGGCUUGACAUUGGCCACUACUGACCUUGAUGACAUAAACUUAGAUGAUGUGGACCAGAGUCUAAGGCAGCCUUUGAAAAGACUAGCCCCAACUCCCCCAACAUCCAACCAAGCUCCACCUCCCUUACCACGCCCUCCACCCUCACCCCGACUUUACCAGACAUCCAACUAUCGCCCUCCAUCUCCAAGAACACAGCACCAAAUGCAACCAAGUUCCAGACCAUCCCCUCAACGCCCACCUUCCCCACCAGCCACUUGGGUACCCUCUUCCUCAAUGGGUCAAAGUCGGCAACCCCCUCCUUCCCCACUGUUCUCUUCAAGGGGUAUGUCCUCAUCUCAGCCACCUCCCCCUCCCCCACCACCUCCUCCCCCUCCCCUCCGCCUCCUCCUCCGCCACCCCCUCCACCCAUGCACAUGGAAGACAAGUACCAUGCAGGGUCAUCCAACUAUCCUCGCUCCCCAAGCUUAUCCGAACAAGGGAGCAGGUUUGGGGACAAUGGUUACCGACAGAGAGGGGGCUUCUACUCCAACAUCCCCGGUGAUCUCUCACGCCCACCCAGCCCGAAGUUUGACCGCAACUUGACGGUGAUGAGAAACACAUCUCAUGCUAGCAGGAUAUCCACCUCUAAUAAUCCACUGGUGAGUCCUUAGUUUGUAAAUGAAAUAUGCUGCACUGGGCCUUCCGCUCCAUUUUUAGCACAUAUCAGACUUGCCACCCUUGUUUAACAAAUGUAAUGCAAGCUAAAAGCAAAUCAGCUUCUCUUUUUCAGCAGCAAAAGUUUUACAACAGUUCUCUGUGCUUAGAUGUUUCAAUAGAUUACUCUGUUUUCCUGCUCUUAAUAUUUCAACACCAUUUCAAAACGAAUAUAGUUGCCACAUUUUUUUGAAACCGUAACUCUUUGCACUGUAUUAUAAAUAUGCACAUCUCUUUUUUUAUUUGUAAAAUAAAAACAUUUUAAAAGUCA